AGGUGUCGUCGACGUGUAACCCGACGUUAUACUCGAAAGUUUUUCCUCGCGUUCCGUCAUAGUUGGAAACAAUACGUUUGUCAUUCGUAUCAUCCCACGUUUAUUCUUGUGUGUUUACCAUUUCUGCUGCAAAAGCAAACGACAAAACGUUAUUAUAACGGUGGUUCGGAAGAUCGGAAUCGAUCAGAAACAGGAACUUCGAUUUUAACUCGUUCUCAAUUUUUUGUUCGUCUGUCUGCCCGUCAACGACGACGGGCAGCCACGUUUCAUCGAUCGAGCAAACAAGUUCUUUUUUUUUGGUGAUCCCGCUGAAAUAUCGUAAAAGCAGCGCGUCUAUUGGUGACGAUCCACACAGUGUGUACGAUCGGUCGAACGUGAGACUAAUCACGAGAAACUUCAUAAGCUCACUUUUUGUCGUUUCUGUUCUGUACGUUGGUACGUUAUUGUCGAUUAAAAACGUCACGUGUGGUGCCGGACAACGAGAAUAUAUGCGAGAGUACUCAGAAACGCAUCGUAUCCCUGCACGCUAAGUGGACGGGAGAACGCUCAGAUCGGAUACAUGUUAGCGUGCUUUGAUAUCGGUGAACAUCAGUGAGACGUGCUGUGUCACUGCGCCCCGACGACACACGAAGAGGCUCUUACAAGAUUGUGGCUCCCUGGAGAUCGGCGAGGAACGCCAACGUCGGGUCGCUAUGAUGGAGUCCCUGUGCCAGGUGAGCGGCACCAAAAACAUUGGCGGCAACGGAGGCAACGACAACAAUGCGAACACCAAUGGCAACAAUAACAACAAUCCGAAUUGUCCGGAUCCCCAGCAAAGGCUGGCGGUACUCAGUUUCGAUCAAGUUAAACGAUUGAACGAUGUCAUGAACGAAGUGGUAUGCAUCCACGGACGUGGAAAUUUUCCCACUUUGGAGGUCAGAUUGAGAGAUCUGGUCAAUGUGGUCCGUAGUAAAUUGGAAUCUGAUCCGAGUAAUGGUGGUGCCGGAAUGAGGGUACGUGAUAUAAGAUUGAACGGUGGUGCCGCUUCUCACGUUUUGGCCACUGAAUCACAACCGUACAACGAUCUGGAUCUGAUCUUUGCCGUGGAGCUUUCGAGCGGACGAAAUUAUGACAAGGUGAAGGCCGCGGUACUCGGCUCGCUGUUCGACCUGCUACCAGAAGGUGUCAGUCGUAAACGUAUCACUACUUGUAGCCUGAAAGAGGCUUAUGUGAGCAAAAUGGUGAAAGUGAAUAACGAAGGUGACCGGUGGUCCCUAAUCUCCCUCGGGAAUUCACGAGGUCACAGGAAUGUCGAGCUGAAAUUUGUUGAUUCGAUGAGGCGGCAGUUUGAGUUUUCGGUCGAUUCGUUCCAGAUUGUGCUCGAUUCGCUCCUCUUGUUCUACGAAUGCAGCAAACUACCUAUUGGCGAAAAUUUCUAUCCGACGGUAGUAGGUGAAUCAGUAUAUGGUGACUUCCAAGAAGCGUUAUAUCAUCUUCACAAGAAAUUGAUCUCGACAAGGAGUCCGGAAGAGAUUCGCGGAGGUGGUCUGCUCAAGUAUUGCAAUCUUUUGGUUAAGAUGUACAAACCCUCGCAACCCGAAUACAUAAAGACUCUCGAGCGAUACAUGUGCUCGAGAUUCUUUAUCGAUUUUCCCGAUAUUAGCCAACAACGCGCCAAACUUGAGAACUAUCUGUGGAAUCACUUCGUCGGUCCUGAAGAGGAGACCCUUAAGUAUCAGUACCUGAUGUUACUCCAUAAUGUAGUGGAAGAAUCUACUGUAUGUCUCAUGGGCCACGAGAGACGACAGACUCUCGCUUUGAUCGAAAAUCUUGCCUACCAGGUAUUGUGCCAAGAGCAACAACAACGAUUGACGAAUCAUCAGCAAGCUCCACCUGGACCACCUGCCACCUAUGUAUACGCGAACGGUUAUUAUUAUGCUCCAGUGAUACCUGCGUGUUAUACAUGCACCUGCAACUCGUGGAUGGCGUGCUCGUCGUGAUGCGACAUCGACACUAAUGCCAUCGUCGCCACUAGUACCGCCAUCACUACCGCUACGACAACUACCGGCACGGUCAUCGACGUCCGCGACAUCUCUGCGAUCAUUACCGAUUAUAAAACCAUUGAUGUGACUCUGCUUACCGACCACGGAGGCGAACAUCUACUAUCAGGAUAUAAUCGACGAGAUUGGGAUCAUCAUGAUCCUUGUUUAUUCAAAAAUAUCGAGAAUGAUGAUGAUCGAUCAUUGAUUGUUCACGGGCCAAAGGAGUAUUGUUUAGUUCUCAGUUGACGCUUGGACAUGCAUCAAACAUCACACAUUGACCAAUUCAGAGUGUGACAUAAACGAAUAGUAUUCUCGUUGAAAUGAAAGCAACAGAAAAUGAGUUCGCCGUGAUCGAUUCGAUGAUGGAUCGUAAAGAUUUGAACAGAUCGGUGAUGAUGAACAUAGAUUCAGGGAAGACUGAAGAGACUAAAGAACCAAGAAGAUCCAAAGCGAGAAUGGGAAUAUUCGAUUUGUUACAUUAUACGUUUUCGUCUAUUCAUGUAUCUUUCUAUUUCUCCUGGACAUGUUUAUCCAACUGCAAUAGACGAAUCAGUUGUCGUGGGGGAAAGACCAAAACACGAUGGUAUUUGUUGUAAUACGGUCGUAGGGGAUCAACUGAGAGACUACAAGACUCCGAACGAAACAAAAUAAAAAAAAAAAAAAAAGAAUGAUAAUAAACAAAGCGAAACAGAUAAAAAAAAUAACAGAAAAUGUGUUGUGCCUAACGAAUUCAAACGAAUAGUGGAGAGAAAUGUAAUCUGUUUGCGUACGCGCGGUAAAUGAUAGACGACUUUUAACGUUACAUUCUUAUUUGUGCGCGCGUCGAUAGAACGAAAUAGACGCAUAUAACUCGCAAUAGUGGCGCGAGAAAAACGGAGACUGUGCGUGCAUCGAAAAAAACAUAUGUUUCAAAGUCCCUGGGGAACAGUAGCGCUGCCAUUCAGUGGUAUCAGCUCGCCAAGAUUCCGAAUAAUAGCGAUAAAAAAAAAUCAAUUGUGAGGCGGAGAAGCGACGACGAAUCGAGAAAUGUAUGGGAGAAGAAUAUUGAGAAAUUCGAAAGACCGACGACGAGAAAAAAAAAAAAUACAAAAGGAUAGAGAGCGCCUGGAAUUGAAUUAGAAAAUAACAGAAACAAUUGUUAGCGCAUAUGGAAGCGUCCGUUAGCGUUCCACGGUCGCUCUUUCUUUUCUUUUUUCCCAGACAAAAAAAAAAUGAAAAAAAAUAAAAAAUAAAAAAAUAAAAAAAAAUAUAUAACGAAUGAACAUAAUGUUUCGAAAAUACUAUACUAAAGGUAGUGGUAAUACACAGAUUUCACAAAAAAAGAGCAACAACAAAAAAAUAAAUUUAAAGCAAACAGCAGGCUACGAAACAUUAAUGGGUGUGGCGUUUGCUAAAAGAUUAAUUAUAAAUAUAUAAAUAAAUAUAUAUAUUUAAAAAUAUAUAUAAAUACAUGUAUAAAAUCUGUGUAUAAAUAUUAAUGUGUGGCUGUGAACACAUUUCAUUUAGAUACUACUGUAACGUGAUAUAUAAGAAUUGAAAAAAAAUUGAGGAUGAGCGGCGCGAUCCAUGUGACAACAUGAGGACGAGAGUUUGUAUGCGGAGAUAGAGAGUGUGAGAGUGGAAAAGAGAAUAAAAGAGCAAAAGAGAUAAAGAAAGAAGAAAAUCAACCAGGGGUGAAAGACGAUUCCAUUCGUUUUUAUCUUUUUCUAAUUUUUGCAUGAACCAGCGCUGUCAUGUCGCAAAUAAACAAAAUGAAAACAUAGCAAACACACACAUAUUCGUACAUGUUGCGAAUCAUAUUGCGAAUCAUAAAAAGUAAACAAAGAUGAAGGUUAAUC